AGCGCCCGCCGCGGCUAUACAAAUACAAAAGUGAUACAAAACUGUGUAAAAAUACAAACAUAUUAAAUAAAAUACGUUUCAAAUCAUAGCUGUUUGUGUAGCAUUUCUUUCGAGGCAAACAUUCCAAUUAAUUACAUUUGGGAAAACGUAUAUUACUUGUUGGAAAAUGGAAAAAACCGAGGAUGAAGGACUUGAUGAUCAAACAGAUUUAACGGUUUCAAAGUUUCCUAUGCUAGAAUAUGAAAAACAAAUCUUCAUAGAUGUAUUUGAAAAAGACGCGCUUCUUAUUAUGGCUAAAGGUUUGAAUUACAAUGCAAUUUUAUCAAAUCUUCUAUGGGUAUAUAAAGAUCCUGGCAAUUUAGUUCUAGUUAUAAACAGUGGUGAUCAUGAAGAAAAAUAUUUUAUGGAAAAGUUCAAUCUUAACCAUUUGCCCACAUUGGGGACUGAAAGAGAAAAGGCAUACCUGGAAGGUGGCGUCCACUUCGUGUCCACCCGCAUCCUGGUGGUGGAUCUGUUGAAGAACCGGGUUCCUAUUGCCCACAUCACCGGCAUCAUUGUGUUGAGAGCUCACACUAUUUUAGAAUCUUGCCAGGAAGCUUUUGCUUUGAGGCUCUACAGGCAGAGCAAUAAGACAGGUUUCAUCAAAGCAUUCUCCAAUUCACCAAUAUCCUUCACCUUUGGAUAUCACCAAGUAGAAAAAGUUAUGAGAGCACUGUUUGUCACAGAACUGUUCUUAUGGCCGAGAUUCCACGGCGUGAUCAUCAAGUGCCUGUCACGUCGUCAAGCGGAGGUGGAGGAGUUACACCUGCCCAUGUCCGGCAACACCACGCACAUACAGACCUGCCUGCUGGACAUCAUGAACUACACCGUCAAGCAGCUGAAGAGCAUGAAUAGGACCCUCGAUCUGCAGGAGAUAACCACAGAGAACUGCAUAACAAAGAAGUUCCACAAGGUGCUGCAGUCACAGCUGGACUGCGUGUGGCACCAGCUCAGCACCCGGACCAAGGAGUACAUCCAGGACCUCAAGAUACUGCGCGCCAUGAUCAUUAACCUGAUCCACGAUGACGCUAUUUCAUUCUAUGCGCUCGUGAGCAAGUACCGGACUCCUGAAUACGCCAGAGUCAACUCGGGGUGGAUACUGUUGGACUCGGCAGAGCAACUGUUCAGGCUAUCUAAGGGAAGAGUUUUUAAUCUCAAAAAUGAAUUUGAUCCAGAACCGUGCCCUAAAUGGAAAUGUCUCACCGAUUUAUUAAUCAAAGACAUUCCAGAAGAAGUGAAGAAAAAACCAAACGGAAACUUGAACAAAACUAAAAUCCUUAUCCUGUGCCAAGACAACAAGACUUGCUCACAAUUAAAUUUGUACCUUACUAUGGGUGCCAAUAAGUAUCUAUUUUACACGGCAUUUAGAAAAGAGAUCACAAUAAAUAAUUUAGCACCUAAAUUCAAAGACUUUAAGGAUAGUUUACCUAAAGAGGCGAAAGAUAAAGAAACACAAAAGUCCCAAGGUUCUAAUGUGGACGAAAAUAAUGAAGAUGAUGAAUUUGAUACUACUAAGUCAAAUUAUAUCCUCACUUUAGCUCAAGUCGCCUCACAAGGAGAUAAAAAGAAAAACAAAGAUUUGGAGGAAAGCAUGUUUGAGCCUAUCUCUCAGAUGGACCACCUCGACAUAACUCAAAUCGAGGCCGAGAAACCCAUAAUCUGCAUUCAAACAUUCAAAGAAAACGGAAACCACUUCUCCUUAGAACACACAUUGGAGACCCUACGUCCAGAAUACAUAAUCCUAUACCAUAGUGACGUGGCGGCCGUGAGGCAGAUUGAGGUGUUUGAGUGCCGGAAGAAGCCUGAAGAGGCGGUGUGCAAGAUAUUCCUGAUCAUGCACGACAAGACUGUAGAGGAGCAAGCAUAUUUGACGUCUUUGAAGAGGGAGAAGCAAGCUUUCGAGAUGCUCAUUCAGACUAAAAGCGUGAUGGUGGUGCCAACAUACCAAGAUGGCAAGACCGACGAAUACUUCAGUAAAGAUGAUGAAGCGGAGUCUGAACCAACGGACACUAGACAAGCUGGUGGACAAAACACGAAGAAAGAGAAGCCGGUGGUGAUCGUGGACAUGCGCGAGUUCCGCUCCGACCUGCCCGCGCUGCUGCACAAGCGGGGCAUCGCCAUCGAGCCCGUCACCAUCAUGAUAGGCGACUACAUCCUGACACCAGACAUCUGCGUGGAGCGCAAGUCGAUCUCGGACCUGAUCGGCUCGCUGAACUCGGGGCGCCUCUACACGCAGUGCACGCAGAUGUGCCGCAACUACACCCGCCCCAUACUGCUGAUAGAGUUCGAUCAGAACAAGCCCUUCCAUUUGCAGGGCCACCUGGUGGUAUCUAGCGACCUGUCCGGCGCGGACGUGCAGCUCAAGCUGCAGCUGCUCACCAUCCACUUCCCGCGGCUCAAGCUGGUCUGGUCGCCGAGCCCCUACGCCACCGCCGACCUCUUCUACGAGCUUAAGCAAGGCCGCAAGAACCCAAUCGUAGCGGACGCGAUGGCGCUCAGCGGAGAGAACACGGCAGAAGACAUGAACUACGAGCGCUACAACGUGCAAGUCCACGACUUCGUGAGGAAACUGCCCGGAGUCACCAGCAAGAACCUCGCGAGAGUCAUGAAUAGGGGACGCUCGCUCGACCAUCUUGUCACGCUGGACUUGAAGGAGAUAGAAGGAAUAGUGGACAACAGAAAUGAUGCCCAGACCCUACACUCCAUACUGCACGUGAAGUCUAAACCAGCAGACGUGGUUAGUAAAGAAGAAAAGGGAUUCAAGGGAAAAUACAGAGGCAAGUUCAAAGGAAAAUCAGAGAAGAAAACUUGAUGUUUAUAGAUACCUACGUUCUAAAGUUAAGUUGCGUAAGUUAGUUAUUUAUUUUAAAACCUUGUAAAAGAUAAUAUUUUGUAAUAAAUCAACCAAGUUAUUAUGAAACGUAUGUUAU